CUAUAAUCAAUCAAUAACGAUAUCGUUAGACUAAUUCUUUCCAAUCAUGUUUCGUCGUAAUAAAUAAAGAGAAUAUGCUUAAAACAAUGUUUGAGAGCGAAAUUGUUUCUUUGAAAUAUUAUGUGUUGAAGUGUCGCGAUAUUCAUAACGUCAUCUAGUGUCAAAUCGCUUGUUGUUGCCGACUGAUGAUGCUGCCUAAAAUUAAUCUUCAUAGCUGCCAGCGCAUGCGCAAUAAUGUAGCCGAACGGGUCAUACAAAGAAUUUAUUGACAAGAUGUUAGACAGUAUACCACUGCACAAAGACAGAGCACUCAGCAACUGACGAGAUACAUCCGAUUAUCCGACGAUAUCUUAACACUCUGAUAGGCCUAUUAUAAGUCACAUAUAAGAAAUAUAAGACAAAAUGUAGUGUUUUCUGUUUAUCAAAGCCGGUAAUGGAAAUGCUAAAGAAGGAGUGUGUAGUGCGGAUGUUACAGACCAGGCUGAGUGGAUGCCUGGUUUAUUGUGUAAUGAGGAAGAAACAGUGGCAGGACCAACACUGCUUAUGCAACGCUCUUAUACAGUAAAGUAUAAGCACCACAUUAUCGCACAUUGCUGAAGUGAAUAUAGGCCUAAAAUAUUAAAAUGCCUGCUAGUAACAUAACAGACAAUAACACAUCAGUAUCACCUAUUACGCUAGCAUCGUUAUCCGAGUUUGCUGCAAACAUGCCUGUCCAUGAUGAUUGGUAUUUUGUUCGCAGAUAUUCUUGGAUUGUUUCCAUGGUAAUCAUAGUAGUAAUCAGCGUAUUUGGAAAUGGAACGUUGUGUUUUCUUGUUGUAGUGGACAAGCGAUUAAAACGGCAUCCGUUUUUCUUUUUGUUGAAUUUAUCGUUUGCUGAAACAAUUCGAGCUGUUCUUUGUUUACCAUACCUCAUUAUAUCGGUAUUAAACGAUGGAUGGACACAUAGCGACUCUUUAUGCGAAGUAAUCUCGUUUUUCAACGUGUAUCUCACAUUUGGUUCACUUUACAGUUUACUACUCAUCAGUAUUGAACGUUAUAUGGUUUUACGCUUCCACAAAUUUCAUCGACGGAAAAUUCGGGGCCUAACUGGUCUACUUUGCGUACUUUUUAUGUGGGCUCUUAGUGUCUCUAUGGCCUUUCCGCCUGUGUUUAACAACGAUCUAUAUGGGUAUGUCCCGGCUGAAUACCAGUGCAAUUUAAUAUACAGCACAACAACCAGGAAAGAUUCUAUCGGAUAUGUUAUAGUGUUUACUUCCUUAGCUUUAUUUUUAAUCCUAGCUUACUUGAAAAUAUUCUGUUAUAUGCAUGCACACAGACGGAUGACCCCAGUGCAAUAUGUUCCAGCAAUAUCAAAUAAUUGGACAUUUUAUGGUCCAGGGGCUGCCACUAAUACACAAAUACUAGCGACGUCUGCCAGCCUAGGUAUAAGGCAGGGACAAGGAACUCCGAUGGCCGCAGCCACGGGAAGACGGCAUCCGGGAAACAGUCAGAUUAGGAAUUUCCACAAGGAAGAAGCCUCAACCAAGUUAAUGUGUCUGAUUUCCGUUGCAUAUGUUAUUCUAUGGAUUCCAUACAUCGUUUGCUGUUUUUGUAGGACUAGUACAAGAAAUGCUGACGUACCUGAUUUGUUUAUAGGAGUCGCGACUUGGCUCGUCUGCUUGCAAACCACAAUAACUCCAGUGUUAACAUUCGCAUUUAGUAAAGAAAUACGAUCAGUUUUAAGUGAUUUUGUUACCGGCAAAAGAGUUGAAAAUCAAGAAGAAAUAAAUAGCGAGAGUAUAUGAUGAAGAGAGUGUUAGGAGAAAGAACACAUCAUGUGCUUAUUAUUUUAAACUGUAUCCAUCCACUGCAAUUCUAAAUUAUUUAUAUUCUUAUAAGCGCGCUUUUAAAACAAUUUAAUUGAAGAGAAGAUAAAGCAUAAGUUUGAUUUGGAAAAAAGAAAAAAGGUAUUUCUCGUCAAUUGACAGACGCAUAACAUACCGGUUCCUAUUAUUUUCUGUAUAUAGGCAUAGGCCUAUACAUGAACUGGCAGUUGAUUUAAGGAAUUUCAAUGCAUGGUUAUUUAGCGAAAACUUAAUUUAUUCCAGCUAUGUAUCAUUGAAAGUUAACGGUAGAAAUUAUUUGACCGGCAAUUCAAUGUUUAAAUUUAAAUAAUGAGGGUUUUCAGAUUUUACUACGGAUAGUAUAUCUAUAAAUGUAAUUACGAAGAUCGUUAAUUUAAAUAUAUUAAUUUUUUUUUUAUAGCAAAAACCCUGUUUAAUUUUCUUUUAAAACAUUGAAUUUGCCGUUGCUUGGUAAAGGCACACGCAUGACCUUGGAGAUUUUUUAUUAUAAUUUUUAUUUUUUAUUAUAAUUUUUAUUAGACAGAGUAAUAAGAAUAUACACAUGUUGAUUUUUCAAAUAUCGAUUUUGUUGAAGACUGAUUCAUAUUUAGUUCAUCAAUAACAAAAUAAAAAUUUAAGAUGUCACUCAGUAAAAUUUGGUUUAGGGGCAGUUUGUUUCAUUACCCAUUCUAAUGAACCUGAUAAAAACGACUAAGAAUAAGCUUUAAUUUACCAUACAUUUAUCAGAUAUGUGUACGAUCCGGAAAUAUCGUCAAGAUUUGCUUUUCAAAUGCUGCUAAUCAAAUAUUCAUAAAUGAACCGUAACGUUAUGAAGAUGAGAUUUUAAGAGAACGCAUUUUCUACACUGAUAUUGUCUGAAUGAGCCAUGGCGUUACAUACAGAUACAAUAGACCAAGUCGAUUUACUUCCGAAUGAUGUCAUACGUUUGUUCAGUCAUGGUUUGGACAAUAGAGGAAUACUCAGUACAGUAGUUUUCAUUACAACCCGUUUUCUUGUUUCUUUGAAUAGUACAGUAGUAAGUUUGGAGAGCAGUUUAUCUUGUGGCAGAGAGGUUGUUUAGAAAAAAAUUCGACCGUUUAGUAAUUGAAUUGAAUUAAAAAAAAUACACUGUAUAUUAUAGGCUCAACAAAAGUCUAUAUAAAAAACAAACAGAAAGAUUGUGUUUGUUUAAACAAAAUUAUAGUUCGAUCGGAAAGAAACGGUCUACUACCGAGACAUUGUCUGUAGCCUGCACGGUUGGUGUUUUGUUGUUUCGGAAUCUAUCAUAGGCCUACUAACGACAUUUUCAAAAUUUGCAGUCAACAUGAUCUCUAACCUCUUGUUACGUCAUGAGAUCCAACAUAUCGAUAUUUUAACGAUCAUGUUAGUGCUUCAUUAAAAAUAUCCACACAGUAGCCCGAAACUAUAGAAAUAAUAAUACAGUAAUAAUAUAUAAAUGAUGUAGCUAGGCCAACUAUCAGAAUUAUGUUGAGAUUAUUUGGAAGUCAUUAUUUAAAGUAUAAGAGAAGGAGAGUCUGAUGUAAUAUACAUAAUUUAUAUUUUUAUUCACACUGGUGCAGAUGUGUAACAGAUGUAAAUGUAUAAUUAAAAGCUUACGGUCUUUCGUUUAAAUGUACAAAAAUAAUUUAUUUGUGAAUAGAAAAGUAAUAAUUUAUGAGGUUAUUGUGCAUAAAUGAAUGAGAUACGUUUAUAUAUAUAUAUAUAUAUAUAUAUAUAUAUACCGUAUGAAAUACGAAGAUAUAGUCCUAAUUUGCCACAAUUUAUUGAAGAUAAGAAUAUAUAUAUAUAUUAUAUAUAUAGGCAUUACACAAGCUUAUAUAUUUAUAUGUAUUCUAUAUUAUAUAAAUGUAUGGAUAUAUAAUUAUAUAGGCCUAUACAUAAUGUAAAAAAACAUGAACAUGGGGACGUGUAAGGUUUCUUAUUCGAACUGUAUACUGUACUGUAAUUAUGAAACCAAUAUUUCGGGAAUGCUGCUCCUUCUUGAUGGUUCUCAUAGACCCGUCUAUGAUCAUGAUUACCUGUCUGUAGACUUAUAGGUAGUCAUGCACAGUUAUGCAUUAUGCUUUUGUUGAGAAUAAAUCGAUCUGUAUUUUAAUAAUAAAGCAAUUAUUUCAAAAUGCAGGCAGCCUUUCCUCACCUCUCUGAACCUAGUUUUGUUCUUCCACUCUUUGCCAUUCUCUAGUUUAUGGUUUACAGUAGGCUGCGUCAUAAUGCACGCUCGUGCUUUUAAGAUUAUGCUAAUGCAUAUUAUGUAGGCUGUAUAUGAUUCAUGUUAACUUCUAUAAUGUGUGUUUGGUACAUGUAUAGCAAUGCAAAACAGAAAGAGUUUUAUCAAAGAAAAGAGAAAUAAAAACAUUGUUUUAAUGAA